AUGGUCGCCGAAACAGCUCUUACAAAAGUAUCUAAACUUAUACGACAGUCAAUUCCCGGCGUUGACGAUGCGAUCGUAGAAUAUAUACUUGGUUAUUUAGAUGAAGCUCCUUCAGUGGUAGACGAAGAGGAUGCGAUCGGCGAUUUUAUUCGACCGAUUUUACUUGAUGCAUGUGGCGACGAAGAAAGAAUUCAACAACUUUGUGAAAAGUUAUCAAACCUUCUUAUCAAAAAUGAAAAUGAUCAGCCAAAUAAUAAUGUGCUUGCAAAAUUGAAACAGCCAGUAAACAUGCUCACAAACAAUUCCAUCUCUGCAACAGCACGUUUAGUGUCUUCAAGUGUAGAUCUGGAAGCCGUGAGUGGUAGAAAAGUUAAUACUAGAGUAGAUACUAAAAAAUUAGAAAAAGCUGAAGCAAAGCUCAAAGCUAAAAUAGAAAAACGCGAACGUAGAACUAAUUAUGAGGCCAGUAAAUUGAUUAAUAAAAGUGCAGAUAGUGAGUUUUAUAUGCAAGUAAAUCCAAUUCUUGAUUAUACGUCAACAAAAGGAAAGGUUAAGGAUGUUAAGAUUGAGAACUUUGAUAUUUCCUUUGGUGGUAAAAGAAUUCUCACAAAUGCCAAUUUAACGUUGGUAUUUGGUAGGCGUUAUGGUUUAGUUGGAAGAAAUGGUAUUGGUAAAUCAACUUUGCUAAGAACUAUGUCAAAAAGAGAGAUAGCUGUACCAACUCAUAUUAGUAUUUUGCAUGUUGAACAAGAGAUGAUUGGUGAUGAUAGAGAGGCAAUUCAAGCUGUAUUAAGUGCAGAUGUUUGGAGAGAACAUUUGUUAAAUGAAGAGAGAUCAUUAAAUGAACAAAUUGGUCAGCUUGAAACUUCAACUGAUCCUGAUAUUGAUGUAAAUAUAAUUGAGGAGGAGAAAAAUUCUUUAAAUUCAAAACUUAAAGAAGUAUAUCAAAAAUUAGAAGAUAUCGAAAGCGAUAAGGCGGAGUCUCGGGCUGCAGAAAUUUUAUCUGGGUUGGGGUUUCCGGCAGACAAACAUCGAAAUGCCACAAGGACAUUUUCUGGAGGUUGGCGUAUGCGUCUUGCAUUAGCUAGAGCUUUGUUUUGUCGUCCCGAUUUAUUAUUACUGGACGAACCGACAAAUAUGUUGGAUAUCCCCGCAGUUGCGUGGUUAGAACAAUACUUAAAAAAAUGGCCAAGUUCACUUCUUGUUGUAUCUCACGAUCGAGAAUUUCUUGAUGAAAUCGCGACAGAUAUUUUACAUCAGCAUUCAGAGCGGCUUGAUUUUUACAAGGGUAAUUUCACACAGUUCUAUUCUAAUAAAGAAGAACGUCGGAAGAAUCAUCAACGUGAAUAUGAAAGCCAAAUGCAAUUUAGGCAACAUUUACAAGAUUUCAUUGAUCGUUGGAGAUAUAAUGCAAAAAGAGCACCUCAGGCUCAAAGUAAAAUUAAAGUUUUGGAAAAACUUCCAGUUUUGGACCCACCAGAAAUAGAAGCUACUGUAACUUUCAGGUUCCCUAAUCCAGAUCCAUUAAGUCCGCCUAUUCUUCAAUUAACCGAUGUUAGUUUUAGAUAUGAUACGGGUGAUAACAUCAUUACAAAUGUUAGUCUCUCCGUUCAAUUGGAUUCUCGCAUUGCAGUUGUUGGCCCUAACGGUGCAGGUAAAUCAACACUACUCAAGUUAUUAACGGGCAUACUUGAGCCGCGAGUCGGUCAAUUACAUCGACACGGACGUCUUAGAUUUGCGCAUUUUAUGCAGCAUCACGUGGAUCAAUUGGAUCUUAAUACAAGCCCUACAGGUUUUAUGGCACAGAAAUUUCCUGGUAGAAGCGAAGAAGAAUAUCGUAGGCAAUUAGGAAAUUUUGGUAUUACGGGAAUGACCGGAUUACAGUCAUUAGAAACACUGUCCGGGGGUCAAAAAAGCAGACCUACCAACCAUCUUGAUAUGGAUUCAAUUGAUGCAUUGACGAACGCUCUUAGAGAAUUUAAAGGUGGUGUGAUUCUUGUUUCCCACGAUGAAAGGUUCAUAGAUUCUGUUUGUACGGAAAUUUGGGUUUGUGAAGGUGGAAAGGUAAGGAAGUUUGAAGGCGAAAACAUCAGACAAUAUAGAAAUACAAUCAUCCCAAAAGAGGAACCUUAA